AUGACUUUCGCGGCGGGUCGACUCUCAGCAGGAACUAUACGCAGACAGGCACCGUACGUGGAGCUCAGCGGGACCACUCCUCAGUCCGCUCAGUUCGAUUCGGAUUGCAUUCCGACGAUGUCAGUCGGGAAGCGGACGGGCUUCCUCUGCAGCAGUGUCCGUUUUUCGAUACUAUAUGGCUGUCAACCCGUCACAAUAACUGCAGCCGACGAUGAUCCAGUUAAAAGCGGAAAUCAUAACCUGCGACCUAACCUCAGCAGACGGUCAUCGCGCAUUGUAGGUACACGAGUGUAA